GUAACAGUAGGGGUGUUCCUUUCAUUUUCAUGCUGAUGAGGAAGUGAUUUCCAGUCAAGACAUUUUAUUUGCUGCCGAAGUUUGCUUGUGCUUGGUUGAAUGGAGUUUUCUGAGCACAUCAAGACUGCCAAUGUAGAGGAUGUUGUGCUCCAACAGCCUCUGCACCCACCAAGCAGGGGCACCCUAUGCAUCACUGGCCACCACCUGCUCUUCUCCCACCGGGAGGAGCAGGACAGCUCCGGCCAGGUUCUGCUCCUUCUCAGAAACAUUGAUGCCAUAGAGAAAAGCAGUGUGGAAAACCUUUCGGGGUACUUGGGCCCCUUUACUAAUGUGGUCAACAGCAAAAGGGCUUCUGGAUCUUCAGGGACUAUCAUCAUCAAAUGUAAAGAUCUGUUUGUACUUCAGCUUGACAUCCCAGGCAUGGAGCAGUGCCUCAACAUUGCACAAUCUAUUGAGACCCUUUCCUGUCUGGACUGUGUGGCGGACAUGUACCCCUUCUUCUACAGACCAUGUGAUGCCAUCUUCUGCGACCAGUGGGGCCUCUCCAACCCUGAGAAGCAUUACACUGAAAUGGAGGAGCUGCUGCUGUCGACUUCCCUGAGACAUUGGCGUCAAGACACCCGUGGACGUACACCUCCGACUAUCAGUUGCAGAGGGUUACCGAAUUGGAACCAUGAUGUGACGGGUUGGUCGCAUGGUGAUGCGGGUUUCGUUCUCCCAAGGAUGCAGUCGGGCUUCGGACACAGCGUGCAGCAUGAGAGGUGGAGACUGAGCACCGUGAACCGAGACUACUCGGUAUGUGUGUCUUACCCCACUGCUGUCAUUGUGCCCAAGGAGAUUAGUGAUGACACGUUGAAAAAAGUGGCCAAGUUCAGGCAGGGUGGCCGUUUCCCCGUCCUUUGCUACUACCACAGGAAGAAUGGCAUGGUGAUCAUGCGCAGCGGUCAGCCACUCACCGGAGCCAAUCGGAAGCGCUGCAAGGAAGACGAGCGCCUUCUGCAGGCUGUGAUCGAGGACUCGGACAAAGGCUACAUUAUUGACAUGCGCUCGGCUCAGCAGGCACAGCAGGCCCGGAUGACGGGCGGCGGGUUUGAGUCCAAAUCCUGUUACAACAGCUGGAGGAGACUGCACAGACACAUGGAAAGGGGGAAAACACUCCAGGAGAGUCUAAUCAAGCUGGUGGAGGCCUGUGCUGACAAAUCCCACAAUAUGGGCCGCUGGCUGAGUAAACUAGAAAAUUCAAAGUGGUUGUCUCACGUCCAGACUGCUCUGUCAACUGCUGGCCUGCUGGUAGAGUGUCUGGAGAGGGAUGGUCACUCAGUUCUGAUUCACGACUCUGACGGGAUAGACUCCACUCUUCUUGUCAGCACGCUUGCACAACUCAUCAUGGACCCAAGUUGUCGUACACUCGAGGGCUUCCUGGGUCUUCUCGAGAGGGAGUUUGUACAGGCAGGACAUCCAUUCCAGCAGCGAUGCGCCCACUCUGCCUUUUCCCACGCUCGUCUCCAACAAGAGUCCCCUGUCUUCCUGCUGAUGUUGGACUGUGUGUGGCAGAUAUGGCGCCAAUUUCCCCUUGCACUUGGCUUUUCAGAGGCGCUGCUCCUGAGGCUGGCGACUGAAGCGUAUGCCUCCAAUUAUGGCACCUUUCUCAGUAACAGCGAUAUGGAACGCCAUGCUGCACAAGUAAAGGACAAAACUCAGUGUUUGUUUCGAGCCCUGUUGAAGCCAAGAGAGAGAGAGCAGUACACCAACCAGCUGUAUGAGCACACCGAGCUGGCUAUUUGGCCCUCAGUCCACCCACAGUCCUUACAGCUGUGGAGAGGCUUUUUUCUCAGAUGGACCCAACAGACUCGCCACUUAGAAGAAGUCCAGCAGGAAAUUAGGAACAUGGUCAUUGAGUCGGGGAAGACGGCACUCAGCUUUUGACCAUUGAAGAUGCAUAACUGAUGUAUUUAUAAAGAAUAAUGUUAGAAUGUGUACAUUGAUGUGCAGUUUCAUAUGAUUUUUGCAUAAAUACAGUGCAUCUUGAAAGUA